UUUGAUAAGAAUAUCAUAGAAUUAGAAAGCUCUCGAGAUAAUUACAGUCAAAAAUGUUAUUUAUAAAAGGUCGAUCGGGAAUCUUUUUGUUUUAAUUUUCAGCCAUGAAAGUGUUUGUGCUUUUACUAGCCGUACUCGGCACUACUCUAGCGGCAAAAUUGGAUAAAACUCCCAAUGGCCUAGCAGCGUUACUCGCCGAAAAAGGAGGCGUACCAGUUGGUGGAAUUGGUACUCGCAUUGUGGGAGGCACAACUACACCAAUUGAACAAGUUCCAUACAUCGUUUCCAUGCAAAGAUUUGGCGCUCAUCGUUGUGGUGGUGGGAUCAUAAGUCCAACGAGAAUCUUAACUGCAGCGCAUUGCCUCUAUGCAUGGACGGGCACAGGAUGGGCUCCAAUUCCACCAAGUGAACUAUCAGUUCGAGCUGGGUCAUCUAGCAGUACAACUGGCGGUCAACUUAUUCAAGUUGCAAGUUAUGUAAAUCAUCCCCUCUACAAUGAAAACACAUUAGACAACGACAUAACGGUAAUGCAUCUUGUAUCGGCAUUGGAUUUAUCACCUGCCGGUGUGGCUAUUAUUGGAUUGCCGGCGCAAAAUGCUGGAGUUGCUGCAGGAACAUCAGCACGAGUGUCUGGCUGGGGUGCCUUAUGGGAAGGUGGUCCAGGAUCUGUAGCUUUACAAGCCGUAAAUGUUCCAGUCGUCACUAAUGCUGAGUGUAAUGCCUCAUAUGGCGGUGGCAUCACAAACGGUAUGAUUUGUGCCGGUUUCCCAGAAGGAGGAAGAGACGCCUGUCAAGGUGACUCAGGUGGCCCACUUUCAGCUGGCAAUCAGCUGAUUGGUGUUGUUUCGUGGGGAGAAGGAUGUGCCAGGGCAGGUUUCCCAGGAGUGUACGCACGAGUUGCAUAUUAUAGAAACUGGAUCGAUGCAAACUAAGUCUGACAAAAUAAAAAUAA